CGACUUGUGACGAGGUGGAAGAGUUCCUGGCGGAGAUAGCCAUGAUGAAGAAGGUAGGUCGACAUCCACACAUAGUCACCAUGGUGGGGUGCUGCACCCUCAAGCAACCCUUCUGUAUGGUGAUGGAGUACGUACCUUGCGGUGAUCUGCUGGCCUACCUGCGCCAUCUUAGGGACCAGUCCAGACCCGUGCUACAGUCAAGCGCCCUAUCUAGGGUGUCCGCAACGUCAGAUGCCUCCUACAUCACGCCCAUCCCCACCACGAGCUGUGUAUCUAGCACUCAACCCUCCACACGUUGCAGCAACGUGAGCAGUUUAAUUCUAGACAGCACGAAUCUAGAAUGUGAACUAGACCCCAGGGAACUGCACAGCUUCGCCACACAGAUCGCUAGAGGCAUGGAAUACCUAGAGAGCAAGCAGAUAACACACAGGUAA